AUUUGUGGGCACGCAGUUCUUGCUUGAGGUUGGGCUCUGCAUCGUGAAGGUCGAAGAAGCUGAGGAUUGGGCUGUUCAUUGCGUGGAGUCUUAAAGAUGACCGGGCCACCAUAAAUAAGGGUGUUAACCCGCCACGUGUAUGGGCGUGCAUGCUAGAUUGUUGGAAGGCACGCCAGGUGCGACGGCUCUCUCGAGGAUUACUUGGCCAAUUAAUUAGUUGAAAGGGUUAUCCUUACUUGGCCAAUUAAUUAGUUGAAAGGAUUAUCCCUUGUAAGCGAAGGCCGCAACAAUGCCCACAAGUGCCAGUGCAACGAAUCCGCGCAUAGAAGCGCUGGCGUUGAUGGAAAAACGGAAGGAGAUCGAGGUCGAGAUAGAAAUAAUCACAAGUCGAUUAUGCAAGCCAGGGGGCCCUGGUCUCAAGGGUGACCUCAUCGACAGAGAGGGCUUUCCUCGUGCUGAUAUCGACAUCCCUGCAGCGCGUGCAGAUCGCCACCGUCUUGCAGUGUUGCAUUAUGAUCACAGGGCACUCACAGAGAAGAUCGAGAAGUUGAUCUAUGCCUUCCAUGCCACCAUCCCCCCUACACCUCAACCUCCAAAGACUGAAGGAGGGGAGAGAAGAAGAGAUUCUUCAGCUGCGGCAACGACAUCAUCAUCGUCUGUGCUCCCUGUUAAACGCGCAGCGGAUGGUGAAGAUGUGAGGGUGAGUCACAGUCAAACAGAUGAGCACCCCCAGGCUGAGCCUAGCGCACGUCCGUCGUUGACAGCAGACCGUCAAAUGCAAGAAGAAGCAGGAGGUGCUGAGCCUAUGCAGUCUGAUGGUGCUGGAAGGGAGUCAGAGGGCCGCACGAGUUCACAUCGAGAGGUGCUCCGUCCCUUCGCUUUUAUUGAUGAAGUCGCUGAGGGAUCACCCGGCCAGAUUGAUGGAAUGAAGGUUGGGGAUCAUAUGCUUCGUUUCGGAUCUGUCACAGCCGGACCCGACUGCAUCCGCCGGGUUGCUGAGGAGCUGCAGGCUAUGGAAGGAAGGGCAGUGCAGACAGAAGUUCUGAGAAGAGGAUCGAGGAUUUCUCUUAUGGUUAUGCCCAGGCCAUGGGCCGAUUCGGCCGCCUUGCUAGCGGCCUCCUGCACAUCUGGGGAGGAUGCGAAUGUCGCAAGUCCUCGGUAUACUUACGAGGAUUAUGCUGUCCACUUGGUUCCACCGCUGGACCAACCGCUCUACGUGCAACAGUCCACCGCAUGCACGGUUUCAUCACCAUCGGCAACCGAUUCGCCGCAAUCUAUCGCCGGGGAUUCGACGUCAUGGUCAAGACUUGAUGAGCUCGAUCCGUUGACGUUCACGGACUUCCAGUGGAUGCCCGUUCCCUCGACCGGACGAUUGCCGAAACCGCAUUGCAACGUGCUUAUGGCACAAUUGCGGGACUACUUGCACACUGCAGUACCAACUCUGUUGAUGGACGCCGGAGCAGAGGUUGUCGACCUUCACGCUUUUAUCGCGAAGAUCGACCGCAAGUUCAAGACGCAACGGUACGACGACAUCGACGCACCAUUGCUAUACAUACGCAUUCAGAUCGGAGAGGCGAACUGCAGUGCCUUGAUCGAUUGCGGAGCAUCUCGCAACUACAUCAGCCAGGACUUCAUGGUACGCACCGGCCUUGGCCCACGUGUCCGGAGGAAGUCCCAGCCUACGCAAGUCACUCUGGCAGACGGUCAUACACACAAGUCCAUCGACCGGUGCAUUGACGCCGUCCCAGUGUACUUUGCCCCCCAGGCAAGUGAGGCGGUGUCCUUCGACAUUCUGGACACCAAAUUCGACAUGAUCUUGGGCAUGUCAUGGCUGCGAAGCAAGGAUCACCCGAUGAACUUCUUCAACCGCACCGUUCACGUUCGCCCGCACGGAGUAGUACCGGAUCGACCCAUCCGCCACAAGAUCAUCCUCGAGGACGGGGCCGUACCUCCGCGCGAUUGCAUCUACCGAAUGAGCGAGGAGGAGUUAAGUGUGCUUCGGGCACAACUCGACGACCUUCUAGAGAAAGGCUGGAUUCGGCCUAGCUCAUCGCCAUACGGUGCUCCUGUUCUCUUCGUCCGGAAGAAGAACAAGGACCUGCGGUUGUGCAUCGAUUAUCGCAAGCUCAACGCGCAGACGAUCAGGAACGCCGGCCCUCUCCCACGCAUCGACGACCUUCUCGAGCGAUUGGGCGGCGCCCAGUUCUUCUCUAAGCUGGAUCUCAAGUCAGGGUACCACCAACUCGAGAUUCGCAAGGAGGAUCGCUACAAGACCGCGUUCAAGACUCGGUAUGGGCAUUUYGAAUGGCUGGUCAUGCCAUUUGGCCUUACGAAUGCCCCAGCCACUUUCCAAGCGGCUAUGACGACGGAGUUCCGACACAUGCUGGAUCGUUUCGUACUUAUCUACCUCGACGACAUUAUGGUUUACAGCCGGAGUCUGGACGAGCAUGUGGAACACCUGUGCACCGUUUUGGAGCGGCUACGACAGGCCAAGUACAAAGCAAACCGCGACAAGUGCGAGUUCGCACAGCAGGAGCUGGAGUACUUGGGACACUAUGUGACGCCGCAAGGCAUCCGUCCGCUUGCGGACAAGAUCGAGGCCCUACGAGUAUGGCCCGAGCCCACCAACACCAUGGACGUUCAUUCAUUCAUGGGGUUGGCGGGCUACUAUCAGCGAUUCAUCACCGGAUACUCCAGGAUUGCUGCACCUAUGACGAGGUUGCAGCCGCCAAAGGUGCCAUUCGUAUUCGAUGACGACGCACGCCGGUCAUUCCAAGCACUUAAGACGGCUAUGCUCAUGGCACCCGUCCUUAGCAUUUAUGACCCCACCCUGCCGACGUGUCAUUUGCGGCCUCUUUAACAUUUCAGUCUGCUGUGCACGCACUUCGGCAUUUGAAUUUCCAGUUCACCGUUCACACAAGUCUUUGUUGAGGGCCGGGUGUUUUCGACCCACUCGUGCAACAUAUUAUGAACUCGGUGAUCGAGAGGAGAGAGCAUUUUUUGCAGGUCAAAGGAAAGGUCGUGGUGUACGUGGUCAUCUUGCACGAGCAGGUGCUUACAGCGCAUGCAGUCAUGUAAACUGUACAUGUUAUUCUGAUCUGCUGUGCAGUUUUCCUUUCUGUUGAGAGUGGAGGCAACUUUCGGGAUUAGACUGAUGCUUAAGAGCAGUGGUCGA